UGAGGAGACCACCAGAGGAAGCAUCAAAGAUGGGAGACAUCAUGAGAGUUCAAACUAGCGGUGCAUCACAGCAAACGGCUAAUCAGGACAAUCUGCGAUACUCAGGUGUGAGAGCAUCACACACCAUGGCCCAGACUGAUGCAGGCAGAAUGGAAGAGUUCAGGUCUAAAAUCAACAGAGUGGGGACUCAGAAGGGAAUUCCUCCAGCUCUGAUUGCUGCCAUCAUCUCCAGAGAGUCUCGGGCUGGAAACGCAAUAAAGAACACUGGAGGCUGGGGGGACCAUGGCAACGGGUGGGGACUGAUGCAGGUGGAUGUGAAUCCAAACGGAGGUGGGCACACUGCACAGGGCGCUUGGGACAGCGAGGAACACCUCAGACAAGCCACGGGCAUCUUGGUUCAUUUCAUCGGACGGAUCAGUACCAAAUUUCCUAAUUGGAGCCCGGAGCAGAAGCUGAAAGGUUUGUUUCACUCACCCACUAAGUUGACACAAAAACACAACCCCCUUCACACAAAUGGUUUGAUCUUAUGUGUGUUUAAUUCUCCAGGUGGGAUUGCAGCCUACAACAUGGGCGAUGGAAACGUCCAUUCUUAUGAAAACGUCGAUGACCACACAACCGGUAGAGACUACUCCAAUGAUGUUGUUGCCAGAGCCCAGUGGUACAGGAACCAUGGUGGCUUUUAACUGUUGAAGCCCACUCUGACAACAUUUCCUGCAAGUCAUUAAGUAAAAGUCUAAAAAGUUGUUUGUAUGAAAUCCUGAGGUAAAUAAACAUGAUACAAAAAACAAAA